GAAGGAGACUAGAUCAAACGAACCAUGUACCUGUCAGUGUGGCACGGAGCGAGUUAGCAGCUAACUGCUAUGAGUGAGAGUGCUGUCACUACUGUCCCAAACACGUCUAGAAAUCCACACGUUUUAGGACUUCUUAUGCUCUUAGUCCGACCAUCCGAUAUUAUUUGUCCGUACCCACUGCAGCUUGCUAAUUAGAAUCGCAAAACGUAAGGCUGUUAACCUUGCAGUCGUUAUGUGCUCUUAACUUACUUAGCUAAUCACUAGCAUACGGCUAAGCUAACGAAACUCCCCGAAUGCCUUCUUCUCAGGAGGUUUCUUUACCGGGUAAAAUACGCUUUGUCACUGAAAGUCCAGCAGUUGACUAAACUAUGGCAUUGUGAAUUAUUGUUGCAAGUGACAAUGACUGCCAGGUGUACCGUAGCUGAAUUUAAGGAAGUCACUGCCACGAGUCGCCAUUAUGUUGACAGACUGUUUGACCCCGACCCACAGAAAGUGCUUCAGGGAGUCAUUGACAUGAAGAACGCCGUCAUAGGAAACAACAAGCAGAAGGCCAAUCUGAUCGUCCUGGGAGCUGUGCCCAGGUUACUUUACCUGCUGCAGCAGAGCGCGUCCAGCCCGGAGCUUCGGACCGAGUGUGCCGUGGUGCUGGGCAGCUUGGCCAUGGGCACGGAGAACAACAUCAAGUCCCUGGUGGACUGUCACAUCAUCCCUGCCCUUCUUCAAGGUCUGUUGUGUCCGGACCUGGUCUUCAUUGAAGCUUGUCUUCGAUGUCUCAGAACGGUCUUCAUCAGUCCGGUCACUCCUGUGCAGCUGCUCUAUACUGACCCCACUGUGAUCCCCCAUCUAAUGUCUCUACUGAGCCGCUCACAGAGAACCCAGGAGUACAUCACACAGAUCUUCUCCCACUGUUGUAAGACUCCGGAGCACCAGGCGGUUCUUUUCAGCCACGGCGCCAUCCAGAACAUCGCCCCUCUUCUCAUCUACCCUUCUUAUAAGGUGCGUAUGCAGGCGUUAAAGUGCUUCUCGGUCCUGGCCUAUGAGAACACUCAGGUCUCCAUGACGCUGGUGAAUGUGCUGGUGGAAGGUGAGCUGCUCUCUCAGGUGUUUGUCCGAAUGAUGCAAAGGGAUCAGCCCAUCGAGAUGCAGCUAACGGCGGCCAAAUGUCUAACGUACAUGUGCCGAGCGGGGGCCAUCAGGACAGACGACAGCUGCGUGGUCCUGAAGGCGCUGCCCUGCCUGGUGCGGAUGUGCAGCAAAGAGCAUUUGCUGGAGGAGCGGGUGGAGGGCGCGGAGACGCUGGCCUACCUGAUGGAGCCCGACGUGGAGCUGCAGAGGAUCGCGAGCACCACCGACCACCUGGUGGCCAUGCUGGCCGACUACUUCAAGUACCCCAGCUCCGUGUCCGCCAUCAACGACAUCAAGAGGCUGGAUCACGACCUGAAGCACGCACACGAGCUGAGGCAAGCUGCUUUCAAGCUGUACGCCUCGCUGGGCUCCAACGACGAGGACAUCCGCAAAAAGAUCACAGAGACGGAGAACAUGAUGGACCGAAUAGUCAGCGGCCUCUCAGAGUCCAGCAUCAAAGUCCGACUGGCGGCCGUCAGGUGUCUUCACAGUCUGUCGCGGUCGGUGCAGCAGCUGAGGACGAGUUUCCAUGACCACGCCGUGUGGAAGCCCCUCAUGAAGCUGUUGCAGAACGCCCCGGACGAAGUCCUGGUCAUGGCCUCCUCCACGCUAUGCAAUCUCCUCCUGGAGUUCUCCCCCAGCAAAGAGCCCAUCCUGGAGUCGGGAGUGAUUGAAUUACUAUGCAGUCUGACCCAGAGCGACAGUCCUGCACUGAGGGUCAAUGGGAUCUGGGCCCUGAUGAACAUGGCGUUUCAGGCCGACCAGAAGGUGAAGGUGGAGAUCGUUCGGAGUUUGGGGACGGAGCAGCUGUUCCGCCUGCUGUCAGACCCCGACUCCAACGUGCUGAUGAAGACCCUCGGUUUGCUGCGCAACCUGCUGGCAACGCGCCCACACAUAGACCAGAUCAUGAGCUCUCACGGGAAGCAGAUCAUGCAGGCGGUGACCCUCAUCCUGGAAGCGGAGCACAGUGCGGAGGUCAAAGAGCAGACGCUGUGCAUCCUGGCCAACGUCGCCGACGGCAACACGGCCAAGGAACUCAUCAUGACCAACGACGACAUGCUCCAGAAGAUCAAACACUACAUGGGACAUUCCAAUGUGAAACUGCAGCUCGCCGCCACCUUCUGCAUCUCAAAUCUAAUCUGGAACGAGGAGGACGUUCAAGCAGUGGUCAACAGCGAUUGUGCCCACAAAGGUUCUCAGGAGCGUCAGGACAAGCUGAGGGAGAUGGGCUUCGUGGACGUCCUGCACAAACUCACGCAGGCCUCGGACCCCAACCUCUGCGACAGGGCCAAGACGGCGAUGCAGCAGUACCUGGCGUGACCACAGAGGGGGCGGAGUCCUAUCGGCCCGGGGGUCGGCGGCGGUGGCGGUGGCGGUUGGGGGA